AUGGUGAACAUCCCAAAGACGCGGAGCACGUAUUGCCGAAAGUGCAAGAAGCACACAACUCAUAAGGUCUCGCAGUAUAAGACUGGCAAAGCCUCCAAAACGGCGCAAGGUAAGCGCAGAUACGACAAGAAGCAAGCAGGCUACGGUGGUCAAACCAAGCCGAUCUUUCACAAGAAGGCCAAGACGACGAAGAAGAUUGUGCUCAAGUUUGAGUGCUCCAAGUGCAAGGCCAAGCGCAUGAAACCCAUCAAGCGGACCAAGCACUUCGAGCUGGGUACCGACUCCAAGAAGGGCAAGAAUGAGUACGGCGGCAAGUACCGAUAG